UCUUCGGGCCCGAUUCGCCAUUUUGAUCCAGUCGAGCAGUAGUUUCAGUUAAAGUUGCAGCAAAGCAGCCGCGAAAACAACAACCGAAGCAGUUCCAACAAACAGAAAUAGACAGCAACAUGAGUGGCUGCCGUGUCUUCAUUGGCCGUUUGAGCCCUCACGCCAGAGAAAGAGACGUGGAGAAGUUUUUCAAAGGAUAUGGAAGAAUCCGGGAAAUCAACUUGAAAAAUGGAUUUGGCUUCGUGGAAUUCGAUGACCACAGAGAUGCAGAUGAUGCCGUGUACGAGCUGAACGGCAAAGAAUUGUGCAGUGAAAGGGUCACUAUUGAGCAUGCUCGCUCCAGGAGAGGAAGAGGUGGCGGCCCCGGUAUGGGACGCUUCAGUAGCAGCAGUAGCAGCUAUCGCCCGUCUCGCAGCAGUGGAUCCAGCCCGAACAGGUACGGCCCUCCUGUGCGAACCGACCACAGACUCAUUGUAGAGAACCUCUCAUCACGGAUUAGCUGGCAGGACCUGAAAGACCUGAUGAGAAAAGCAGGUGAAGUUACCUUUGUGGACGCUCACAGACCCAACAAAAACGAAGGGGUGGUUGAGUUUGCAUCCCGCAGUGACAUGAAGAACGCCAUCUCCAAGCUUGACGGCACAGAGCUGAAUGGACGCAAGCUGAAGAUCUUUGAGGACAGCAGGAGUCACAGCAAGAGCCGCUCUCGCUCUCGCAGCUACUCGCGCUCAAAGAGUCGUUCCAGGAGCCGCAACCGCUCCAGGAGCCGCUCCAGGUCCGUCAGCCGCACCCCAGAGAAGAAGACGUCCGGAGGGGGCAAAGCCGGCGCCCGGUCCCCCUCCAGGUCCAAGUCUCGCUCCAAGUCCCGCUCCAAGUCCGUCUCCAGGUCUCGCUCGCGCUCCCCGGCUCCUGCUCAGGACAAACAGUCGCGCUCACGAUCCCGCUCCCGCUCUCGAUCCCGCUCACGUUCCCGCUCCGCCUCAGCAGACAGCAAACACUGAAGACCGUAAAAAAAACAAAUAAAGAAAACAGAAAAUUAAAAAAAAAUAGACUGAUAGCUGCUCACCAUGGGCCUCAACGAUGGGGUGAGAUUUAUUAUUUUUUUUGUCUUUUUCUUUUAAUGAAGGGGAGAAAUUUGACUUUUACAUUUUGACAUAAGACCCUCAGUCUUCAAUGUGCUAACACUUGUUUUUCUGUAAUUCUUAGUUUUUGAUGUGCUUCCACAGAAGAGAGUUUUUUUUUUGUGUUUUUUUUUUUUUUGUUACGAUUUAAACAUUUCCAUCUUUUUGGGGAACGUUCAUGUCUCAAUGAAAUACUAAUCAGUGAUGCCGCUGGAGUCCGUCGUAGCCGUGUUCUGAUUCCAUCCACUCCUCUGUGCUUCGUGGGGACGCUUUCGCUUCCCCCCCCCCAUUAAGGAAAAAAAAAAAAAGUGUUGACGAAUAUGUUCUUGGUUUGUGCUGCGAGCUCCUGGCGUUGUUGUGAAACUGUGAUUACGCUUCCAGUAAGGCGCUUCUACACGUGUUGCAUUCACUGCCCUGAUAUGUGAACAGAAAAAAAAAAAAACAUCUCAGCUGGAGAUUUAGUUCAACCUGGAAUCUGGCAUUAGUUGUUUUUUUUUAAUUUAAUCUCAUGUUUCUGUCUGAUUCCUGCUACUCCAGUCUGUGUCGAGGAUCUAAGAACACAUCUUUCUUUACAGGUUUAUGAAUUUGAGACUAAAACACCCGCUGCAUAUUGUGACCCUUCGUUUUUCUUUCUUUUUUAUUAUUCUUAUUUUUUUUCUAAUACUUUGUACAUGUGGGUCUUUGCAUUGAUUCAAGUCUGUUCAUUUUGUCAGCAAACAUUCAGUCCUGCAGCGAUUUCAGCACAAACGUACACAAAUGUCAGGUUGAACCCAAAUAAACAUGUUUGAUUUUAAA